ACAGGCAUGAAAUACGAUGCUUUUCCUCUUCUUCUUGGACUCGUCGUGUUCUCUGUCAUGGAUUUGUCCGUGGCAUUCAUUUCUCCGUCAGCCGAGAAAGUACGAGAGGCCCCAAAAUGUAACUCUCACUUCCGCGUGCGACAAAUACCAAUCAGUGCUCCGCUUAAAAGACAUAGACAUUCAAACGAUCUGGACAUAAGUAAAGAUUAUUUUGUGAAGAUCAGAAAUAAGAGUGCUGGCGUAGAUCGGCGAAACCUGUUGAAGACCGCUUCAGUGGCGACAUUGGGGUGUAUAUUAGCCGGCAGCAUAAACUCUUCACCGUUGCCAUUAAUUUCCCGGCCUUCGAAUGCAAAAGCUGCUACAAGACUUUCGCUAACAGAUCCUGCUCUGAAAGUAUCGCGACCGGAGCCAUCUGGCAAGGCACAGGAAGCACCGAGGCGAGACGCAUCGGACACAAGUUCUGAACAGUCAUCUCCUCUGCAGGAGUUUCUUUCUGGCUUGGCUGGUGGUGCUGCAUCACGAGCAAGCAAGGAGCUUUUUCUUCAUCCAAUCGAUACGUGGAAAACUCGUUUGCAAUAUUCAAAAGGUAACGAAGCACCGGCGGAGCUUUUUAAGAAUCUAUACGAUGGUGUGUGGCCUGCCCUACUGGUUGGGACUCCAGCGGGGGCUGCUUUCUUUGCAACCAAAGACGUCCUUAAAGGCCUAGCUAGGAACUCAUUUGGCAACGAAUUUAGGGAAGCCACCACCAUUGCUGCUGUAUUCGCGGCGAAUAUACCUUACUGGCUCAUUCGCAAUCCUGCCGAAGUUUUGAAAACCCAGCAACAAACAGGCCUCAUAGAUAGCACUGCCGGUGGGACCAUCGAAGCUGUGAAACAAGAAGGCCUUGAAGGUCUGUAUCGCGGCUAUGUUUCUAACAUUGCUUAUGCGUUUCCCACAGACGCCAUCAAAUUCGUAGUCUACGAAGCAUUACAGAAGUCGUUUUCACGCAAACUGAAUCCGUUAGAAUCCUCUGUGCUGGGCUCAGCGGCCAGUUCGGUGGCCCAACUUAUGUCUACGCCAUUGGAUGUAGUUCGGACGAGGAUCAUGACCGACGAGGCCGCUUUGACAAACGACAAUGUUCCUGUAUCGCCGGCAUCAACGACUUCAGUAUGGCAAACGGCACGCAAAAUCGCGGCUGAGGAGGGAGUGGCCAAAUUAUUUAGUGGCCUUUUUCCCCGGUUAACGCGUGCAUUUUUAAGUGGAGCUAUCCAAUUUGGAUCGUACGAAUUGACCAAGGGGGCAUUUAGUGGGAAAUGGUCCAAGAAAUAAGAAAUUUUUCACUGCAUCGACA